AUGUCUCUUGUGGAAGAACUCAAGACUCGAAACUUCAGUAUAUACGGGCAAUGGAUUGGCGUGCUGUGCAUCAUUCUGUGCAUUGCGCUCGGAAUCGCCAACAUUUUCCAUGCCAGCUUGGUGAUCAUUUUCUCCAUUAUUUGCAUCGUCCAAGGUCUGGUGGUCGUAUUUGUUGAAAUCCCAUUCCUGCUGCGAAUCUGCCCCGUGACGGAACGGUUUUCCAACUUCAUUCGAUUCUUCAACCAAAACUGGCCGCGAGCCGCCUUCUACAUCGGAAUGGCCACUAUCCAGUACUGCUCGCUUAUUUUCAUGACCACGUCGCUGCUGGUGCCCGCCGUGUUCCUGACCAUCACAUCCAUGUGUUACGCUCUGGCAGCCCUCAAGCACCAGGAGUUCACUGGGUCUUCCACUCUUGGUGGUGCUGGAAUCGCAAGACAGAUUCUGUAA